AUGUGUGAAGAAAAUGAAGAGAAUAUGGAGAAUACAAAUUCAGAAGAUGAAAGAAUCAAUCUUCCUGAAAAGAGAAAAAGAAGGAAGCCGGUAUGGAUGAGAGACUAUGAGACUGGAGUUGGAUUGUUCGAGGAGGAAAACGAAGAACUGGAGCAGCUUACCCAGGAGAUCCAACAGCUUGCUAUGUUUGUUUCAAAUGAUCCCACCACUUUUGAGGAAGCAGCCAAAAGUCAGAAAUGGUUGCCUCCAUGCGAUUCUUGUAGAAAUGAUACAUUAUGA